AAAUAAAACAGCAUUUUCUUUGUAUAAGGAUUCGGUCACGCUGUAGCUAGCAAACUCAACAAAUAUAGUAAAAAUUUGAACGAACAGUAUAUACACAUAUAUAGAGGCGAUAAACCAUGGAGAAAGGGAGCAAGAGUAAACGUGGAGUACGUGAUGAAAAACAGCGGGAACUGAAGCUUGAGGAUUUGGUGCUCAAAUCCUUGGAAGAAUGCAGCACAAGCGAGGAAAAAUUGAAAUUGUUGCUACAGCGGCAUGUGGAAAGCGAGAAGACAGUGAGCCGACUCACAUCUGAGAUGCGCGCUCUGCAGCGGCACACUGAGGCGCAACAGCGGGAGAAGGAGCAGGUGCAGCGGGAAUUGAACAAGAGUGUUCUGAUGAGGGAUAAGCUGCAGGAAGUGUGCCGUGAACAGCAGCGCAUACUCAAGUCGGUGAAAAACGAGAGCAUGCUGCAAAUCAAGGUGGAGGAGGAGCGACGCAAGGAGAGCCAAACCAAGUUUCAGAACUCGCUAAACGAGGUGCAAAAGUCGCUGUCCAAAAACAACGAGGAGAACAUUAAAUUACGUGAUUACAACAUCGAAAUGACCAAAAAGUUAAAACUGCUGGCCGAGCAGUAUCAGGCACGCGAGAAGCACCUGGAAAAACUGAAUGAGCAGGUCCAACUCGAGUCCCAGCUGCAUCAGGCCAAGCUGAACAAGGCUCAGGUUGAAGCGGCCAUGGAAAAGGAGAUACUGACCAAAGAAAAUCAGAUUGGCCUAGAGAAAUUGCUGCAGGCGCAACGCGCCAUCAAGGAUCUAACAGAGCGCGAGCAACAGCUCAAACAGCAGCUUAACAUUUAUACCGCCAAAUAUGAUGAGUUUCAGCAAUCGCUUAAGAAGUCCAAUGAAGUCUUUGGCAGUUACAAGGUUGAGCUGGAGAAAAUGUCCAAGCACACCAAGAAAAUUGAAAAGGAAGCAUUGGUUUGGCGCCAGAAAUACGAGAAGGCUAAUGCGACGGUUAUUGAACUGGCCACAGAAAAGCAGCAUCGUGAUCUGCUGUCGGAGCGUCUACAAAAGCAAGUGGAGCAACUGCAGAAGCUUCUGCGCGCCCUGCAACUUGAGCGCACAACUUUACACCAGACUCUGCGGGAUAAGAAAAUUGAGAUUCCUGCCAUGCCGCAGCUGCCGCCUGAGCCAGAACCCAUUAAAGCUGUGCCAGUUAACACGGACAAUUCCAAAAUGGAACUGAUGACCCGCAACUGUGCUGAGCUUAAGCAAACGCUAGCCAAUUUACAAAGCCAAAUGAAGCUGCUCACCACAAAUGAUGCCAAAAUAGCCGCCGCUGAGUCUGAGAAGCGUCAAGCAGCUGAGGAGCAGCAAAGAAUAAACAAUGCCAAGAAGAACAACAAAAAGAAGGCCAAGUCAAAGGCAAAGGCUGCAGCAGCGGCAGCAGCAGCUGCGGCAGCGGCUACAGAGCCCGAAUCCGACACCGCCAGAGAAGAAUUGCCAUCAACACUGAAGCCAGAGCCUGAGCCACAGCCCGAGCCACAGCCUGAGCCAGAGCCCGAGCCAGAGCUAGUGGUAUCUGACAAUGUGGAGCAGUUGCAAGCGUCUGGUGAUAGCUGCAAAGGAACUGAAAAGGAAUAUAAUGCCGAAAUUGUGCCAGAAUCUCAGGUAGAUGUAAGCAAUGCUACAGCAGCGCCUAUUGAAUUGGAAGUGCCUGGGUUGAUCGAUUCCAACGAAGUUUAGAGUCCUCGACUGUUUUUGUGCUUUUACUUGAAAUGAAUGCCUCCUUCCUAUAUAUGUGUGCAUUUUGUCAUAUUCAUUUUUAAAAUAUAUAACAAGCUAACAAUUGUAAAACUAUCAGUUAUC